AUGGUGUACAUCCGACAGCAUGAGUUGGCGAAUCUCAAGAACUACAAAUAUGCUGGAGUCGACCAUUCGCCCGUCAGUCGGUUUAUUCUCAAGCCCUUCUACAACAAAUGCGUGAUUCGCUGUUUCCCCAUGGGGAUGGCACCCAAUGCCAUCACCCUCACCGGUUUCAUGUUCGUGGUGAUUAAUUUCUUCACUGUUAUGUGGUAUAACCCGAACUUGGAUACGGAUUGCCCUCCCUGGGUCUAUGCCAGUUGCGCCAUCGGCUUGUUCCUAUACCAGACCUUCGAUGCUGUAGAUGGCAUGCAGGCACGGAGGACGAGACAAAGUGGUCCAUUGGGCGAGCUCUUUGAUCACAGUGUCGAUGCAUGCAACACCGGUCUCGGUGUCUUGGUUUUCGCGGCCGCAAUGAACCUGGGCCAGUCCUGGACGACCUUCCUCGCGCUAUUCGGCGCAACGAUGACGUUCUACGUCCAAACAUGGGACGAGUACUACACCCAGAUCCUCACCCUGGGCGUGAUCUCAGGCCCCGUCGAGGGCGUCCUGACACUCUGCGCGGUUUAUGGGUUUACCGCCUAUGUGGGCGGUGGCAGCUUCUGGCACCAGUCCAUGCUGGAGACCUUCGGUGUGUCUAAGCCCAGCUUCCUCUCAAGCCGUGUGUACAACAUGCCCUUCACGGAAUGGUACCUGGUCUACGGUGGUAUUGUGCUCUGCUUCGCCAUCACCUCGAGCAUCAUGCAUGUCAUGAAGGUGCGUCGCCAGCGAGGCCAGGACCCUAUCGCACCGCUGUACGGCCUGCUUCCCUUGGUCGCUAUCUGGACUCUUAUCCCCGUCUACCUGUAUCUGCACCCGGCGAUUCUGCACAACUACACCAUUCCCUUCGGACUGUUUGUUAGUCUCGUCAAUGCCUAUUCCGUCGGUCGGAUCAUCAUCGGCCACCUCACUCAGACGAGCUUCCCCUACCAAAACGUCCUGAUAUACCCCCUCGCUCUGGGUGUGUUGGACAGCGCUGGAGCUGCGGUCGGCUUGUGGUCUGCCCCCGUGCUUGGAUAUGGUGUUGGGCAGGUGGCAUUUGUGUUCGGAUGCUUGGGCCUGGCCGUUGGUGUAUACGGAAGCUUCGUGUACGAUAUUAUCACCACGAUAUGCGAUUACAUCGAUAUCUGGUGCCUCACGAUCAAGUACCCAUUUGUCGAAGAGACCGAGCGCAAGAACGGCAUGUCGAAGAAGACCAAAUAG